AUGGCGGGCGCUCGGGACGGGUCGCGCUGGCGCCGGCCGCCUCUCGGCCUCCUGCUGCUGGGCCUCCUGCUGCUGGCCGGGCCCGGGGCCUGGUCGGCGCGGAGCCGCGGCGCCGACAAGCAGAACAGCCUCCGGCGGGCGGCCAACGGCGUCUACCAGGGCGUGAGCGGCCUCCUGGGCGAGGAGAACGUGCGCGCCCUGCAGAAGUUCUUCUCCCGAUUGACGGAGCGGUUCGUGUAUGGUGUGGAUAUUCUCGUGGAAACAUUCUGGAGAAUAUGGACAGACCUUCUGGAUGUUCUUGGGAUUGAUGCCUCCAACCUGACCCAUUACUUCAGCCCCGGAGCUGUCGCCAACAACCCCACUCGUGCACUGCUGCUCAUCGGCGCCAUCUUGCUCGCCUACUGGUUCCUUUCCCUCUUCCUUGGGUUCUUCUUCUAUCUGUUGCACGUGCUGUGCGGCCGGUUUUUCUGGAUCGUGAGAGUUGCCCUCUUUGCGCUCUCCUGCGUGUACAUCCUCCAGAAGUAUGAAGGCGAGCCGGAGCAUGCCGUCCUCCCUCUGUGCUUUGUUGUGGCAGUCUACUUCAUGACUGGGCCGGUUGGCUUUUACUGGAGGAGGAACAGCCACAACACCCUCGAGGAGAAGAUUGAUCAUCUUGACAGUCAAAUCAGGCUCCUGAACAUACGCCUUUCUAGGGUGAUAGAGAACAUGGAUAGAGGCGGCGACCAGUGAAAUGCAAGGUCUCGCUCCCAUUGACACCAGCUCUCUAGGAAGUGUCUAAGCACUCUCUCUAGUUCAUGAAACGUUUCAAAGCCACAAGCCGACACCGGGGUAAACUAUGUGCAACAUUAAGAUGUUAGGUGUUAAAGAGUAGUUUAUACACUGGAAGAAAUACAAAAAUUAUGCUUGUAAGAUAAGAUUCUUUAGCUGUAUAUUCAGCGAUUUUCCUCCAUGAGUAGAAUUUUAUCCGCUUACUUUUCUCCGCACAUUUAAGAACAUGUUUUGUAAAAUGUUUUUUAUAAAGGCGUAUUGAGUAGUCUGUUUAAAAUUACUAGAAAUACAACUGAGCUUUAUGCAGAUUCGACAUUUUAAAAUAAGGAAGAACGCUUGAAGAAUUCUGCCAAAAGUUUCUGUUAAGAAAUGUUGCUGGGGGUAGAAGGGGGGGGGUCAGCUUUUCGUUAUGUGUCUUUUUUGUUUGCUUCUGUGAAAUUGUGACCAUUUUUCUGUCGCUGGUGACUCACUCCCAUUGCCUCAAGUUGCCUUUUCAUAUAAUCGCAGAGGAAGAGGUUUCUUCCAGUCAGAUUAGAAAAAAAACAUGACUCGCCAUGGCUUUUAGUGGCCAUCCUCUGGACAUGAAAAGCCCUUUAAAGCCAAAAAGAAGAACUUGAAUUUCUUGUGGCCUCCCUCAACUCAUAACCUUUGCUGAUUACAGCAGAGACAAGCCCUGAUGGAAUAUAAAUAGAAAGUUCCAGUUCGUGCACAGAACAGUCAAGUUUUUCCUCGGGUUCACUUCUCUGGAGGAGGUUUUUUGUUCUCUCCAUUGUGGUGAGUGGGAAGAUUCACACAUGCGGGAACUCUGUUGAUCGAGGGAUAAGGGUGUGAGCAACCAGGAAUACCUCCUGUGAAAUUUGCCCUCCUCUGUGGUAGCAAAAGGCACUGGUUAUGCUCUUGUAUAACUACCAAUGAUUUUAACCGAGCUUGGGGAUGUUUGGUCACCACCAAAAAUUAGGAAAAAAACCUUUAACCUGACUAAAUACAAAUGUCUGAGAAAGAGCUAAGUGGCGCACAGUGCUGAAAGACGGGCAGUGUACAGUCGGCCUCUGCAAUAAAGUAAUUUUCGAAGCAGAAGUAAUUUUAAAGAUAAAUUAUGCAUUGUCUUAAAAAAACAAAAAAAGGAAGAUAAACCUCAGGACCCUUGGGCGACCGAAUUUUUUUUUUUUAAGCAGCAGAUAAAGUAACUUGCAAAGAGAUUGCUGCUGAAAUCUUUCUCAGGACCAAUAAGCGGCAAUAAGUUAAAAAAAAACAAUAAUACCUUCAGGAUCCUGUGGUGCUUUUUUGCUUUAAGUCCAUUUCCUCUCUGUAGUAGGACUUUGGAGAGGCCAGUCGCAUUCAACCUACCGAACUGAAGAGAGGAGCCGUGCUCCUCAAGAGGCACACCCCGCAGCCGUUGUGGCCAGGGUCUUAUUGGCAGUCUGCUUUAGGGGAUAGGGGGUGCACGACUGGCUAUCAACAUUAUCACCCCCCCCCUCAAGAGAGACCCACCAGUAAAGCUAGUUGCUGAUCAGUAUUCAAAGUGUCGGAGAUCACUGAAGCGGCUGUAUUCUUUUGACAACUUUUUAUAGAAGCAUAACCUUGCUCAUGUUUGCUAGCUAGUUCAUUCCAGGAUUAACGUGGUGCACUUUUGGCAUACCCCAAGAUAGAGGAAACUUCGGGGGGGGGGAGUGUGUUGGUGUUAAGAAGCCGAAGGGUUUCAGCCAUUAUGAGGCAGUGGCGGUCAAGAUAACACUGGAUGUGCGCUAUGAAAAACGCCCCUGAAAUAGCGAUGAGGUAGAGCAAAAGUUCUCAGCAGAGGAAACGGCUCUUUUUUGCUACCAAGCCAAUUACUCUUCUCACCGCCACCACCCUUUAAAUAUGUUUAAAAAUCACAACAUUAAAAAGCGUGCUGUCUUGGGAGAAGCAAGGUAGAUUCUGAAACACUGUCUUCUCCCGUGGACAGGAUUUCACCAGCUGCCUUCCUGUUUCCAUAAGAUGAAACCACAUUUCAUUAUUUAUGUUUAAUAGAAUGGAGGGUUUUCUUUAAUUGCUUCUUUGACAGUACUGGCAUUUGAAAAUAUUUUUAAAGGAAACAAUAGGUAUCUUAUUUGUUUCUGCAUAUGGUAAAACUUGGCUUAUAAGUGUGCCUCCCCACCACCCCACUGGCAAUCAGAUAUUCCAAGGGGAAGCUCUACUGUUGGGAAAAAAUAGGUGAGGCACUGGAUUUCCUUUAGAUUAAGAAGCAUCUCUGAGGCGCACCCUUCUUGCCGUGGUAGCAGUGCAAGAAGAAUGUAUAUAUAUUUUUAUACAAAAAGCAUUUCACUAUAUAAGGUGGCGGCGGCGAAGGAAGAUGUCGAUGUAAAUAAGUGUGCAUGCACUAAACAGCGUAUGCAAAACUGGCCAAUUAGAUGUAUCCUUCGUAGUAUUCCACCCUCCCUGUAUAACUAUAUAGACUGUUUAAAAUUAGACAGGAGCACAAACAAUUGUCCGAUGUACUUGAAAAAUGCUCUGGCCAUUAUUGCAGAGUGCAGCUAUUACGCUUUUGAAAGUAAAUGUGAUGUUGGGGUAAAAUUUCUCCAGUGCUGUAUCAUAUGCAACAACCCCCACCCCCCACCCCCACCCCUCAUAGCUGGCCAUUGGUUUGGCGCUUGUGUGCUUUUCUUCCUGACCUCAUCCCAGGGACAGUAGAUCUGUCUCUCUGCUUUGUGCUGCUGCUGUAUUUGAAUGUCUAGAGACCCUUCAGAGGAGAGUGCAUUUUAGCGCCAUUUUAC